AUGCGUUUUUCCAUCUUCGUCGCCUCUUCGCUGGUUGCGGCCGCCUCCGCUGCACCAACAUGGCCAGACUUUCAGGUCAACGAGCUGGGUGAUCCUCUUGGUGCUCUCAAUGCAGUCUCCCAGUACUUCAAUCUUGUUGCCGCCAAGGUGUCAACCGUCAAAGCCCUUAGCGGUCCCCCCAGAUGCGAUCUAUCAAAGGCUGUAAUGCCCACGUUACCCGGCAUGCCUCCUCCCGCUUCUGGCUCCAAGCUGCGCCACGUCGCUGUCGGUCGUGGAACACAAAACUACACCUGCGACGGCAGUGCAGACUCCAAGCCCAAGGCCGUCGGUGCUGUCGCCACGCUCUUCAACGUCACUUGCAUGGCUGCCAUGUACCCGGAUGUGACGACCAAAGUUCCCGGCAUGGCUGUCCACUUCAACCUCGACGCCGCUAACCGCCUCGGCCCUGCGAUGCUGCCCGUAUCAGGUCACCAUUACUUCACAGCCGCAGGUGUUCCGUUCUUUGAUCUCGGAAGUGAGGGACAACUGCCAGGCGCCAAGAACACCAGCUUGAGUGCUCCGCCCGGCGCAGCAGUCGGCCAAAAGGGUGAGGCUGCUGUCGCUUGGCUGAGACUUCUUGCCACCAAAGACGCCACGAAUGGCCUGAGCGAGGUCUUUCGUGUAUCAACUGCGGGCGGUAGCCCUCCGGAAACGUGUAAGGACCUCGACGGCCCUUUCCAGGUCGAGUACUCUGCAGAAUACUGGUUCUGGUCCAAAUGA